AUGAGCGCUGGGGGGGUGCGGGGGGGGGGGUGGUGGGUUGCGGGGGGGAGGGUGGGGGUGGGGUUGGUGGGGGGUAGGGGGGUGGAUGGGGGAGGAGUUUGUCGGUGUGGGGGCGGGGGCGAGGGGGGGGGUAGGGGCUGGAGGUGUAAGGGAGGCGGGGGGGGGGGGUGUAUCGGGUGGAGGGGGGGAGGGUGGGAGAUGGGGGUGGAGGGGGUGGUAGGGGAGGGCAGGGGGGUGGUCGGUUGGUGGGGGUGUUACGGUGGUUUUGGGGAGAAGGGGGGGGGGCGGGAGGUUGGGGGGGGGGGAAAUGGGGGUUGGGGGGGUGUGGGGGAGAGGGGGGGGUGCUGGUCGGGAGGGGAUGUGAUGGGCGGACGGGGGGUGGGGGGAUGGGUGUGGGUGGGGGGCGGCCGGGGGUGGGGGGGGUAG